GGAAGUUGAAAGGGGAAUGCCAUCUCUGUGACAAAGUAAAGGAAAUUUAAUAGCAUUUUGGAGCUCCCUAGAAAAGAACAUCUCUGAAGCGGGUCCUCUUACUUUGAUUUUUAACACAAGAGGAAAAAAAGAAAUUGUUCUUCAGUGGUGUCAAAAUAAAUCCCCAGUCUUUUAUAUUCAGAAGUUUAAAGACCUGGGUAUACCAUCAGCCUCUCUUCAGUGUGUUCUGCAACUGAAUCUUCUGGUUGAGGCAACUGAAUUAUCUUCUGUCCCAGCCUGGUGCUUGCUUGGAAGGUGCCCUGUUCUCACUUGCUACGAAACUGUUCGCUUUUGUUUUUCAUCAUAAGCAACAGAAGCCAUGGGUCAAACACAAAAGAGGAGAACAACCCCACCUGAGUGCUCAUACUUCAAGCUCUUUCAGAUUUUGGUGAUUGCUGGUGUUUUUUACUUCUCCUCAGGUACCCAGGUGACCAAAUUGGUGAAUGACAAGGCACAUCUACCCUGUGGUUACAACAUUUCCGCUGGAGAACUAACAAAUGCUCGCAUCUACUGGCAAAAAAAUAAUGAAAUGGUGCUGUCGGUCAUACACGGAAAGACAGAUGUGUGGCACAAGUAUAAGAACCGCACCAUCUAUGACACCAUUGAUAACUCUUCCAUUGUGAUCUUGGGCCUUCGCCUGUCUGACAGCGGCGAGUACUCCUGCAUCAUCCAGAUGAAAAAAGAAGAAUAUAAAGUAACCCACAAACAUUCAGUGACAUUAUUAGUCAGAGCUGAGUUCCCGAAACCAAAUAUCACCGAUGUUGGAAACCAAUCUACUAACAUCAGAAGGAUAAAUUGCUCAACCUCUGGAGGUUUUCCAAAGCCUCACCUCUUGUGGUUGGCAAAUGGAAAAGAAGUAAAUGCCAUCAAAACAGCAAUUUCCCAAGAUCCUGCAACUGAACUCUACAGUAUUAACAGUGUACUGGAUUUCAAUGUGACGAACAACCAUAGCUUCAUAUGUGUUGUCAAGUAUGGGAACGAAACAGUAUCAAAGUCCUUCACCUGGCAAAAAAGUGAAAUACCACAUGCUCCCGUUUCUUACCAGCCCCCCAGCUUGUACUUAUUAUUGUGUCUGUUUGUUCCUGUUUUUGUAAUCUCAUGGUGCCUACUGAAGAGAUUUUCUGCAAGACAGAGAGAGAGGAGGAGGAGGAAUGAUGUGGAGAGCAUAGAAAUGGAAAGGACCUCCUCUAUCUACUCAGGAACUGCAGAACCAUCAGGCUGAACAGAACAUCUAAAGGAAACAGCUCAUUGGAUAGAAGAAUCUUCAGCAGAUGUGAUGUCAUGGAGGCCA